CUGACUAAAAUAAAAUACCCCGUCCUUUCUGACAUAACCUCAUUUGUUGCAAAAAUUCUGUGAUCAAAAAGUGGUGUUUUCGAUCGUUUAGAAAAUGUCCCAUCAGCAGGAAAAACCGCUAAAAAUCUCAAAACAAUUACGUUUAAAAGCUCAUGAAUUCCUCUCGUCUCGCAAAAAUCCCGAAAAUUUGUUAACAAUCGUACGUCAUUUCGAAUCGGGUGCGGACCUGUCAUCAUGUUUACUCACUUUGGAAUUGAUAUUUACGAAUUUAUUAAAAGACAGGGACAUGUACGUAGAAGUUAUUCCAUUAAAACCCAUAGAAAAAAAUGAGACGAAUCAAUACAAGGAAUGGUUGAGGAACUUGUACGAAAAUUGCUUUAAUAAAAUACUUGAAACGUUUGAGAAUGAUUCGAAUAAGAUUCAAAUUCAGGGUUUGUCCACUGCCAUGAAUAUUCUCUCAUGUGAAGGCAAAUUUCCCUUGGAAAAUAAAGGGAAUUUGGAGUGUUAUGUACCAUUGAAUAGGCUAAAGCCCAUUUUAAUGAAACUACUUUCAAACAAGCACAAUAACAUUCAUCUUAUAAAUAAGUACACCGAAUAUCUUCUUUAUAGCGACAUUUUAUUCUUUUCCUGGAAACUCCUACCGCCACUGACUGCAAAAACCAAUCCAAAUGAAACCUACAUAAUGAAUUAUUUGCGCCUCCUUGAAAAACUCGAAUUGAAAAAAACCGACGAACAAACCUUGUGCGGAACUGAAACCGCAUUUGACGAGAAUGUGCCCCUUCGAGCGUUGAAUAAAGUGUGGCAUUGCGUCAUGUUGUGGGACCACAGUCCUCAGACUCACAAACAACUCUUGAUUGUGCUUCUCGAACGCGUCCUUCCCCACCUGGAAAAACCCCUUUUCUUAACGGACUUCCUCAUGGAUUCGCUCGACGUGGGAGGCCCCAUCAGUUUACUCGCUCUUCAAGGAAUCUUUACCAUGAUCCAAGUUUACAAUUUAAACUAUCCCAAUAUUUUCGCCAAAUUGUACUCGAUGUUUGAACCGGAGAUUUUUCACACCAAGUAUAAGGCGCGCCUUUUCUACUUAUCCGAUUUGUUUCUCAGCUCGACUCAUCUGCCUGAGAAUCUGGUCGCAGCUUUCGCCAAACGAUUGGCGCGUUUGGCCCUCAUUGCGCCGUCCGAGGACGUCGUCGUCAUUUGCAUGUUUAUAGGGAAUUUGAUUUUGAGACAUCCGGGUCUUAAAUGUUUGUUAAAUAAUCCGACGGAAGGAAACGUAAUCAGCGCAGAUGAUCCCUACAUAAUGGAAGAGCGAGAUCCGAUUAAAUCGAACGCAAUCAACAGUUCUUUAUGGGAAUUGAAGAGUCUUCAACAGCAUUCGAUACCGAGUGUUGCCACCGCCGCCAAAUUCAUCAAUUCGCCUUUGCCCACGAUCGAAUGGGACCUAAGUCGGAUCUUGGAUGAAACUGGAGACGAUAUUUUCGAUAAAGAGGUCAAAAAACACGGAAAACUAAUCGCAUUGGCUUUUGACAAGUCACAUGAUCAGAUUUUACAUUAUUGGAACUUUUAAUAAUAAUUCGUUACAAGACUGGGAGAUAAUGGCCGCAAAUUAUAGAUUUUCAAUGAUUAUGUAUUGUAGAUAUUUCAUUGUGAUAUGGAACGGACUAUUUCCAAAAAGGGCGUGCCUUGAAGGCCAUUAUUUGCGUCAGGACAUAUCUAAAAUGUGUUCCAAAUUGCCGCCGUUAAAUCACUUGUUGCUAUGUAACACGAAAAUAUUUUACUUCUUACCUAGCAAAAAUAACACCCAUAUCGGCAAUUUGAGACAAAUUCUACAGGUGUCUCAAAAUUCGCGCACUUCCUCGAAAAGGAGUAAUUGGGUAGUCCUCCAGAGUACUGAAAAAAUGCCCUCUGUCAAAAAAUUUUGACGUAUGACAUAUUUUUAUGUCUAUUUAUUGAUAUGGAUAAUCCUGUAUGUUUUUUUUAUAAU